AUGGGAUUCGACUGUACAUUCCUACAACCACAAAAGAAACGCGGCCCAACCGGACAUCGCGUGUCGCAAAUUCGACAGCAGCAAACCCAUCUCGUCCCGACUGGUCCACAGGACAACCAAAUUGGUAAACCGGAUGCCUUCCAAUAUCAUGUUCCAGCUUCAUCGGUCGAACCUAGCCAGCCCGUUUCUUUGGCGGGACCAUCCUGGACAUCGAACCCCGACAUUCCGAUACCGGUGAACGGCGCCGCGGGCCUGGCGCCAUCGUCGGUUGUUGAUACUUGGGGUUCAGAGAACACAUCUUUGGAUUCUCAUGGUAGUAGCGCAGUUGGCUGGAAUGACCAGCAGGAUGUGGAAUACUGGCUGCCCGAUAAUCUGGGUGCUCAGGUGCCAGUCUUUGAAUUCCCAGGAAGCAACAUUUACCUCAAGCCAUCCCUGCCAUCGAUCAUACAGACACCACCAGAUAUCUCUGCGAUGAAUCUCCAUCCACAAGAUCAGCAUAAUAUCUAUUCCCCAGCGGUUGGGUCGGUGGGCUCAAUACCCUCGGAGAACCCGGAGGUAGAAGACUUCUGGCCGCCCUCCAUCAACGAAGCGAACAUGAUUCCUUGGAUCGAUGUCUACUUUGACCGAUUACAUCCCACCGUUCCAGUACUAAGCCGAGCUUCCUUAUUCACCCGCAUGAUGUCUCGAGAGCACCGCAAAAACCCCCAGUUUGGAGCCAUGACAUUAUCUCUAUGCGCAUUCUCACUCACUCAGCCCAUUGAAAUCAAUGAGCGCCCGACUGCCUCCCGCGCCACUCAGGCACGGCUGAUGAUGCACGAAGCCACCAAGAUGCGAAGUUGUUCCGACUUUGGUGAGAAUCCUACAAUCGAGGCUGUUCUAACGAGCUUUUUCCUUUUUGGCUGUCUAUUUGGAAGCAAUCAGCACAAUGCCGCUUGGCUUCGGAUGCGUGAAGCUUUGGAUCUUGCCUCCACCCUUGGUUUGAAUGAUCCUAUUUCAUACCGUGAUCUUCCUGGUGAAGAGAAAGGCCAACAUUUAAGGACUUAUCUCGUGUUGUCCAUUACGGAAAGAGCAUAUGCCCUUCAAAGGCUUCACCCGGUGACAUUUUCGGGGAAACCUGGUUUCAGCAUGCGUUCUGUGCACGAAUUCUUGCACAGUGCCACCCAUAGUCUUGUUUCGGGCAUAAUUGUUCACAAUGAGAAAGAUGCCGAGGGUAUGAUGGGCCUUGCAAGAAUGAUGGAAUUGUUUGACGCUAUCGAUGAAGAUUUCAUUCACUGUUGGAAUAGACGAUGCGACAUUAAUACAGGAUUUUGCGCCAAGUUUACUGAAGCCAAGGCAUUAUCAAUGCAUGAUAGUCUUUCGCGGGUCAGCCAGACCGAAAGAUACAAGGGAUAUGAUUGGUUUGAACGAGCAAAGGGAGAUCAUAACGACGGCAAUGCUCUCUUGGCAAUCGGUCUACGAGAAACCCAAGCUGCAGAUGUAUUCAUUACGCAGAAAUGGAUUCAUAAUCGUGUUUGGCUUCUAUGUCUGUAUCACGGCCUCCUCAGAGCGAACCCGGAUCGACCUGAAAUGAGCUUUGGAUACGCAGUCACCAUCGCAGAAUCGGCACUUCAAACAUGCCGAUCUUUAAGACUAAGCUCUAUGGAAGCCCAUGGAAUUGGCCUGACUGAGAAAUUGUACGAUGUCGCUAUUGGAGCCACCGACAUUCUUUGUAACAUCACCCCUCCCUAUGGUACAGGAAUGACGCCCCUCGGCGCCUAUCCUGAAUCAAUCUCCCCAAACUCCACACCACAGUCUCUGGCAGAAGACUUCCUCCUUCUUUUCCGAAGCUUCCGGGGUGGAAACCACCCGUAUUUGGAGAAGUACCAAUCCCACUUACACUCGCUACACAUUCCUGCGAGCAAAGUCACAGGCUGGGCUCAGCAAUGA